GUUACACUUGGUGGCAAGAGACGAUGGAGCAGCCAUUUCCGAAUUCGCCCUCAACACACCGCAACGCUGGAGCCUUCCACUGUUGCAUGUCUGUUAAACGCCGCUGGACCUUCAACAAGAAGUACGCUUGCAUUGUCGCCUCGCAUUAAGAUGACUCCCACGACCACCACUACCCCCAACAUCAUCAAGCAUACCGCUCGCCGAUUUGCCAGAACGUCGUCGUCCAAGACCGUUGACUACUCGGUUCCAGCCAAUCGCUACGUGACGGUUGACUCGGAACUCCCUGUUCGACGCACCCAAGCCCUGAUCAUCGGUUGUGGCGCCGCCGGUUCGGCCGCGGCCCUCCGCCUCGCCCGCGAAGGCGUCCAUGUGAUCAUGCUGGGUGCCGCCAUCAACCCCGCCGACUGCAACAGCUACUGGGCCCAAGGCGGCAUCAUCUACAAGUCCAAGGACGACUCGCCCGAGCUGCUUUCGUCCGACAUCCAUCGCGCCGGCGCGGGGGUGUGCCACGACCCAGCCGUGCGUAAAGUCGCGACGGAAGGGCCAGCGUGCGUAGAGGAUUUGCUCUUGGACGUGUCCAAGGUCCCGUUUGAGCGCCACGCCGACACGGGCGAGCUCAAGCUGACGUUGGAAGCCUCGCACAACCGCGCGCGCAUCCUGUUCAAGGCCGACCACACGGGCCAAGCUAUCACGACCGCCAUGCAAGCGGCGGUGAUGAAUCACCCCAACAUUGAGCUGUGCACGGGUCGAGUGGUGUACGACUUGGCCCUGAACGACGAGAACGAGUGCGUCGGCGCGUUGCUCGUGGACCGGUCGACGUCGGCGGUGGAGCUCAUCCACGCCGACAUGACGCUCUUGGCCACGGGGGGGCUCGGGGACUUGUACGCCAACACGUCCAACCCCGAAGGCGCGCGCGGCGAGGGCGUGGCCGUGGCUGCCCGGGCCGGCGCCAAGCUGAAGAACAUGCAGUACGUCCAGUUCCAUCCCACGACGCUGUGUCUGCCGGGGGAGCGGCGUUUCUUGCUCACGGAGGCGCUGCGGGGCGAAGGCGCCAAGCUACGCAACGGCAGCGGUCACUUGUUUGCGCGGGACUACCACGUGGACGGCGAGCUCGCGCCGCGCGACGUGGUGGCGCGUAUGAUCCUGAGCGAGAUGGACAAGGAAGGCGAGAGCUGCAUGUAUCUGGACAUUUCGCACAUGCCGUCCGAGUGGCUCCAGAACCGGUUCCCGACCAUUUACAAGCACUGCUUGGCGCGAGGCAUCGACAUGACCAAGGAGGCCAUGCCGGUGGUGCCCGCGGCGCACUACCACUGCGGAGGCGUCCAAGUCGACUUGAGCGGCAAGACGUCCGUGCCUCGGCUGUACGCGGCGGGCGAAGUGAGCUGCACGGGGAUGCACGGUGCCAACCGCCUCGCGUCGACGUCGCUGUUGGAGGCGUUGGUGUGGGGGUGUGCUGUGGCGACUGACUUUAUGGCCACCACUUUGGUCGGGUCGGCGGUCGAGACGAAUGCCGUGGUGCGCGUCCCGGCCGACAGUGCUGGCCUUGGCCGGCGUCCGUGGCAACCCGCCGACGAGGCUGCCGUGGCGACUAUCUUGACGGAGCUGCAGCAAGCCAUGUGGACGUUUGUGGGUGCCAAGCGGACGGCGGACGGGAUGCUGCGUGGUAUCAAGAUUGUGGGUGCGCUGGAAACCAAGAUGGACUUGCUGAGCGAAUCGGUGACCGUGACGGCGCGCAGCAUGGGCGUGCGCAAUGCCGUCAAGACGGCCAAGUACAUUGCCGAAGCCGCGCUGGCCAGCCCCAUCUCGGUGGGUACCCACUACAUUGUGAGCGACGACCCUGUCAGCGACUGCGCCAGCGAAAGCGACAACGAAGUCGAGUGGAAGAACUUGUGCGCGUAGAUCGCGUUAACAUCCUGCCUAAUGAUACAUGUUUCGUCUCAAGUGUUUUGCGCUGUGCUCGGAUGGAUCGCUGCC